AUGGAUUUAGGACUGUAUUUAGUUCUUUGCAUUUGUGCUGUGAAUGCUGUGGUUUGGGUAUGUCCACCACACUGCAAGUGCAAGAACAGCAGCAUUCGAUGUGAAGGCUCUGAAAUUCAAGAUUUUCCCUCCCCUAUUCCUACAACUACGACAACCAUAAACAUUUUACACACUAAUAUUUCCUCUCUGGAAGCAGCUGAUUGUCAAACAUUUUCUGAGGCUCUUAAAACCUUAACAAUCAAGAAUUCGAGAAUAAAUGAGGUGCGAGCUCACACCUUUGACUCAACACACAAUCUAAAUUUCUUGGGAUUGACAGGAACUGAGCUGAAGUCUCUUCCAGAGAACCUGUUUCAGAAUCUACUGUCACUUACGUCUUUGAUACUGAGCAACAACAAACUAAAUGAACUUCCAUCGUCUCUGCUGACUCCUCUUCAAACACUGGUGACCUUAGAUCUGAGUAAAAACGAUCUGACUUCUAUUCCAGAUACAGCAUUUCAAAGCCUGGUUCACCUGGAGAAGCUCAUGUUGCAGAAGAAUAAAAUCCAAAAACUCAGUGAUCAGAUGUUCAGUGGACUAAACAAACUCAAAUUAUUAUUUCUUCAUGAAAACAGAAUAAAUGUGAUCCCGUCCACUACCUUUACGGACCUGGUUAACCUUGAAGCCUUGCAUUUGCAGAACAAUUUUAUCACCCUCUUAUCUGCAGAACUUUUCACACAUCAGCAGAAGCUACAGAAGCUCUACCUCUCUAAUAAUCGAUUAUCUUCUCUUCCUGAAGGCAUCUUUCUAAACCUCCCCAAUCUGCAGCAUAUCUCACUUUAUGAUAAUCAGCUGCAGAAUCUGUCCACUAAUACAUUUGGGCCGAUGCUCAUCGGUGAGCUGUGGCUGUAUGACAAUAUGUUAACACGGCUUGAAGAAAAUGUGUUUAGUAAUUUAACUCAUGUAAGACUUCUGGUGCUCAGCAGAAACCAAAUCUCACAUGUUUCUCCUGGUGCAUUCAAUGGUUUGAUCAAGAUAGAAGAAAUUUCUUUACAUACUAACCACCUGAUGAGUCUUGAUGAAGGAGUCUUCAAAGGGCUUCCUAAGUUGGUCAACAUAUCAUUGGAAAACAACAAGAUUCACCACCUUCCUGGGAAGCUCCUUGAUGGGAUCACCAACUUAUAUCAGCUGGAAAUUCAAAAUAAUUCUUUAUCAUAUUUACCACAAGAGCUUUUAGGUUCACUAGUCAGUGUCAGCAAUGUGGUCAUGUAUGCAAAUCCAUGGAAGUGUAACCACAACAUUGUACCACUUCGAGACUGGUUAAGGAAGUUCCCAGAUAAAGUAAAGAACAUCACAUCUCUUGUGUGCAUCAGUCCUUCUCAUCUGAGGGACAUUAGUAUAAUAAAUCUGGGUGACAGUAAUUUAUUUCAAACCUUAUCAAGUGGUUCCCAGGACCUGUACCUGAUUAUCAUUGCUGUAAUCUGCACUGUACUCAUUAUGAUUGUCAUCAUCUGUGUUGCAUGCUGGAGGAAGAACAAACGGGGCAGUUGAACCUUUUACUAUUCACCUUACACAAAAUCCUAUUUAGGGCAAAG